UCACUUCAAAUAGAAACUUAUAUUUUUUUGGUGACUUUUGUAUUAUAGAAGAUGUUAGCAAUAUGAUGUUCCACACCACAGAUGGGAGACCCUUGAGAAACAGACCCAAGAAUAUAUGCUUUCUUUUAAAAAUUCUGACUUUGUUAGCACUCAGAGCAUCAGCAUAUAUUUGGUUUUAAUAUAGAUAACUCUCAAUUUUGAGAAUUUUCUUCCUUUGCAAAAAAUCACCAUUUGUAAGCUUAUCAAGGCAAUUGAUUGCUACAUGAAUUGUCCAAUACUUCCUAAAAAAACAAAACCAAAGAACAACAACAAUAGCAGCAGCAAGAUCGGUUGCCUUCCGCAUAACUUGGAAGAAAUCUCACAAUAUCCAGAGCCUACUAUGGAAGUACUUUUGGACGGACAAAUUAGGUAUUGGAUUGAUAAAAGGACAAAGGCAAAAUGCUUCUUCUUGUAUGCCAAAAAUCUACAUGUCCUAUGGUCAGAAGAAAGCAGUAAGUGGAGUCUUCCCCAAUACAAGGAGCAUCCAAGUGAUCAACCAGUUCAAGUUUAUGAAAUGGAAACAGUUCUAUCACUAGCUGUUGGUGGAAGUUUUGAUGCAACAAAGCUUUCACGGGGAGUAGAGUACAAAGUUUCACUUGUGGUGUUAUUGAAGAAAUUUCUUUCAGGAUGGGAAUUUCCACUGCAAACAAUACUUGUUAAGCCAGAUGGUACAAAAGAAAAUCAAAGUAUUGAAGAUCUUAUGGAAAAACCAAAAAGGGAAUGGAUAAAAAUUCAACUAGGGACUUUCAUCAUUCCACAAGAGAUGGAAAGUAUCACAAAUUUGGAAUUCUAUGUGCAUGAAAGGAAAGGUAGAAAACUUAAGAUGGGACUGGUCAUCAAAGGUGUUGAAAUUUCUGUCUAAACUCUUCUACAAAACAUAAUUAUGAGUAAGGAAAUAAAAUUUAUAAUAAUCGAGAUGUCAUAUUCCUCAGCUGUAGUGUUGCAAUUUUGUUAGAAAAUGAGAUUUUCUAGAUAGUUUUUUAGUCUAAUAAUGCCCUCUAUUAAAUAUUAUGUUUGGUUUGUAAAGGAAAGGUAAUCCUUGUUUUAUGGAAUUUGUUUUGUAAGUGCUUGACUAGGUACUCUAACUUUUUUUUUCAAAAGGCUUAUAUAGCUAUGUGUCUAAGCCUUAUGUAAUAUGCCAUUUUGAAUGAAAAGAAGUUCUGUAAAAACCUUAUUUCUCUUAUAAGUUUAAGAGUCUAACAGUGGUAUCAAGAGCCCUUCUUCUUGAGGGAUCUGUGAAGGCAAGAAACUAAGGUUUUCUCCAGUUCUUCUAGGGUGAUAGCUGAGCAGCAGUAACAUGGCAUCCAACAACUUCUUGGGUGCAGGCCCUCCUAUGUUUACAGGAGAAAAUUAUCACAUAUGGUGAUAAAGAUGAAGGCUUAUCUCAAAGCUCUUAGUCUAUGGGAAACAAUAGAAAGUGAAGAUGAUCCUCCUCCACUUGGACCAAAUCCAACAGUUGCACAAAUGAAGAUUUAUGAAGAUUCAAAGUCAAGGAAACCAAAGGCUCUCACAUGUCUUCAUUCAGCACUUUCAGAUGUGAUUUUCACAAGAAUAAUGACUUGUGAAACACCUAAAGAAGCAUGGGAGAAGCUAAAAGAGGAGUUCGAUGGAAGUGAUAGAGUGAAGGCUGUCAAACUCUUAACUCUCAAAAGAGAAUUUGAGAUGUUAAGGAUGAAAGAAGGAGAUACUGUGAAAGAGUAUUCUGCCAAACUUAUGGAAAUUGUAAACAAAAUAAGGUUGUUUGGUGAAACCUUUCCAGAUUCAAAAGUGGUGGAGAAGAUGAUGAUAAGCUUACCAGGAAGGUUCGAGUCCAAGAUUUCAGCAAUAGAGGAAUCUUGUGAUUUGAAGACUUUAUCAAUUGCAGAACUGAUCAGCAAGUUACAAGCCCAAGAGCAAAGAUCAAGGAUAAGAGAUGGAGAAGUAGCAGAAGUGGCAUUUCAAGCACAACAUAAAGGCAAGCAGCCUAUGAAGGACAAUAGAAGGAUGGAAGGAGAUAAAGUAGCAAAGGGAAAACCAUGGAAGGAAUCUUCAAAGAAAGGGAAGUUUCCACCUUGCAGCCACUGUAAAAGAACCAAUCAUCAAGAAAAAGACUGCUGGUUCAAAGGAAAGCCAUCCAUUCAAUGUAGAUUCUGUAAAAAGAUGGGUCAUAUUGAGAAAAAUUGCAGGGCCAAGCAGAAUCAACCACAACAACAUCAUGCGCAGCAGGCAAAUUUUGUUGAAGAGUCGGAAAAGGAAGAAGAAAGCUUGUUUAUGGCUUCUCACGAAGAAAACACAAGCAAAAAAUCCUCAUGGUUCAUAGACAGUGGAUGUACGGUCAUAUGUCGCACAAUGAGCUCUUGUUUCACACACUUGACAAGUCGUUCAAAGCUAAAGUUAGGAUGGGAAAUGGUGAAACAGUUGAUGCACAUGGAAAGGGUUUAGUUGCCUUUCAAACUAUACAAGGUACAAAGUUUAUACAUGAUGUGUUGUAUGUUCCUUGUUUAGCAUGUAACUUGUUAAGUGUGGCUCAAAUGAUGUCGAAAGGUUGUUCCUUAAUUUUUAAGGGCAAACAUUGUUUGGUUUUUGACUCAAAAGAUAAUUUGAUUGUUAAAGUACAAAUGGUGGAUUAAUCUUUUCCUU